UGUUUCUUCUCGACUUUGGUUUUUUCUUCUCUUUAUAACACUGCUGGUUGAGUCCCCAGACAGAACAUCAACACCGUUUCCUCACGGUGACCAGAUGCUGGCAUCACUGUUCCCUUCCUUUCUCCACGAUCUGUGAUCGACUCCUUUAGCAUCAAAACCUCGUUUCUCAACGGUCCAGGGACUUGAGGUCCCGUUUUAACCCAUUCUCUUCGUUCCACUGUUGUAUUUUCAUCUCAACAGUCAACCGUUAACUAUCCAAACCUUCAAAAUGAUGACUCGGCUACUCCUCCUCCUCCUCACCCUCAUCCCGUCGUUCUGUCUGGCCGCCCCGCGCUGGUACGAGAAGUACACCAGCUUCCCCCGAGUGAUUGUUCCACAAUCCUACUACGAGGUGCUCAACAUGCUGGCGCAAAACCCCUUGAACCCGCACGCCGUAUCCGAUGUCCUUUGUCUCGACCCUUCAACACACAUCAUCUCGCACGACGAAUCCGCCGCGUCCCUGACAAUAUGCGGCGGCAUUGCGGGAGCGUCGGUAACGAGGUGUCGCGGUGCGCCGACCGAGACGUUUGGCCAGUCCGGCACGGCGCGGUUCACCCUGCGGGCCAUGGAACCCGGGGCCACCAUCAACAUAACCAAGGAGCAGUGGGUCCAGUGCGUGCGCGCCGCCAGGGAUUCGUGUCCGACGGGGAGCAUGUCCGGGACGUGUCGCGGCGGGGCGAGCAGGGGGAACGUGGGUUUUACGUUAAUGGGUGUAUGAACUUGAACCUACCAUGACGGGAAGGUUCGGGUGGAAGGAUGGCUGGAGUAGAGGGAACGAUGUGCGUGGUUGGACUGGCUCAGUUGCCGACACUGAUGGUCCGGGGGGUUGUAGUGCUGGCACGGGUGGAGACGCCGAGCGGUUUCCAGGAGAUGGCCGGCCGGAAGAGAACACACGGCCUAAGAGGAGAACACAGCGCCAGGUCAGCGGGACUCGGGAAAGUCUAA